AUGAACUCAUCGAAUAGGCUGACCAGCUUCAGAGGUACUCCAUUGGAUCAUUUACCCCUUGAUCUAAGUGAUGACAUCAGCGAGGAAGACUACUUCUAUUCUACCUUUUUUACUCCCUAGUAAGUUAUUAUUAUUUUUUUCCAUUUUUUACCAAAAGGGAUAGAAAGUUAGUAUUUUCUUAAUCUAAUACAUUUUUAAACUCAUGUCUUUUCAGCAAAGAUGAUCAACUAUCGUUCAAUGGUUUGGAGCGGACUCCAACGGAAAGUCUCCGUAGCACACCCGAACCCAAGCCUUUACACUGA